AUGGCCGAUGCACUCCCAUCAUUAAAGAAGCCUAGUACACGCAUUGAAAAACGGGCUAAAUUUGAACCAUUUUGCGCCGUGGAUGCUGGGAAAAAGCUCGAAGGUCGCCCCGACAUCGGACAUCAACAUAUCUCACAAGACAAAUCUGAAGGCCAAUAUGCUAGCUAUGCUUCAAAGGAUACUUUUCCGGGCCCUUUGCACACAAAAGACCAUUUAACACGCCCAAAAGAAGAGCCUGCGCGUGGAUGUGAAAGUAACCACCAAUCCACGUCUGAAAAUGCAACGAAACGUAAAAGAGAGGCGGUUUCGGCAGCUUCCCAAACUUUAUCAGAGAUUUCAGAUCACUACAAUAGCCUUCCAGAGCUUGGAAAGUUUGCCAGAAAUGAAUCCCGAAUUUUUCAUGUGCGUCAGUACAACAAUUGGGUCAAAAGCGUGAUGAUUAAACAGGCAGCAUCGAUUUUUUCGACGCAAAAGAAACUUUCCGUGCUGGAUCUUUGUUGUGGAAAAGGAGGCGAUUUAAAAAAGUGGGAACGGGUCCGUCCGUCACAUUAUUUGGGGAUAGACAUUGCGGAGGCUAGCAUUGCAGAUGCCAAAGUAAGGUUCUGUUCCAGUAAAGCAAGGAUGAAUGCAUAUUUUGAUGUGGCUGAUUGUUUUCAUUCGCCCUUGCAUAUCAAAGCAGAUGGCUCUGGGGCGAUUCACGAUCCUUCAGAACAAUCUAUGGCUCCGUUUUCAUUUGAUAUUAUUUCUUGCAUGUUUUCGUUUCACUAUGCUUUUGAAAACGAAAGUUCUGUAAAGAUGUCGUUGGAAAAUGUUGCUAGGCAUCUGAAGCCUGGCGGGAUAUUUAUCAUCACCAUUCCAAAGGCUUCAAUUAUAGAGCAACUGAGAGAUAAAGCAAUCUCUACCAAGUCUUUUCCUCACAUUACUGGAAAUUCUUUAUUUGAAGUCGAGUUUGAUAAACACGAACUUGUAAACCGCGCCACAGAUGGUGACUUUUCCACCAUAAAGUACUACUUUUCUCUUAAAGAGGCCGUAAAAAGAUGCCCAGAGUUCUCUGUCCCCAUGGAGGUACUUUUUCCAAUGGCAGCCUCAAAUGGCCUAAUCUKCGAAUCUGAGAUGGAUUUCCUAAAGUUCUUUGAUGAUUAUAGGGACAAUCCGGAAUAUCUUGGUCUUUUGAACCGCUUUCGACUGUUAGAAAGGAAAACUGGUGAUUUGUGCUUGUCUACAGAGGAGCUGGAGACCGUCGGAUCGCCCUUGAGUUUCAUCAAGAGACCUCCGAACGAAACAAAAAUGGACAUGUGGCCUGAAUUCGGGGAUGCCUCUUCGGCCUUAUAA